AUGACACUCACUCGUUCGCAAACCGGCAAGACGCCAAAGAAGGUCCAGCCUCCAGGCUUCGUAGAAACCCCCACUCGACGCAUGACCCGGAGUCGCGCAUCCAAGAGCCCGGAGUACGACGAAGCAGACCCCCCUGCCGGCCACAUGCACCUUUCCGACAAGGCUAGAAAACGGGGUGAAGCCAAGGUUGAGACGAAGGUGGAAGAUCACAAACCGAAUGGCAAUGCGAAAACCAACGGAAUCAAAGCCAAAACUGAUGUCGAACGCACGGAGCAUUUCGAGUUUGGCGGAUCGCUGGGUGUGCUGGCUAUGAUGGUUGGCUUUCCGACUUUGAUGUAUUAUAUGUGGAUUGGCGCGGUGUACUAUGAUGGACACCUCCCACUGCCCGCGGAAGGACAGUCUAUGGUGAGCUUCGUGAAGCAUAUGGGACAGCUGGUGUAUGAAGGCGCUUUCCCGUCCGUUAAAGCCUGGACUAUUUACUGGGCGUUUUUCAUCUUCGAGGCUCUGUGCUACAUGUUCCUCCCGGGCAUUGAAGCGAAGGGCAGACCUUUAGAUCACCUGGGUGGAAAGCAGCUCACCUAUCGCUGCUCUGCUGUCGCGUCCUUCUAUACAACUAUCGUUGUGGCUAUUGGUCUCCAUGUCUCUGGUCUCUUCAAGCUUUACACUAUCAUCGAUGAGUUUGGCCCUUUGAUGAGCGUUGCGAUUCUCACCGGUUUUAUAAUCUCGUUUAUCGCAUACUUCUCCGCCCUCGCUCGUGGAGUACAGCAUCGCACUACGGGAUACCCGAUUUACGAUUUCUUCAUGGGUGCGGAAUUGAACCCGAGAAUGUUCGGGAUCCUAGAUUUUAAGAUGUUUUUCGAGGUUCGACUCCCUUGGUAUAUCCUGCUCCUGGUCUCAAUGGGUGCAGCCGCGCGACAAUAUGAGAAUUAUGGCUAUGUGAGUGGAGAAGUCGGCUUCGUUCUUAUGGCGCACUUUUUGUAUGCCAAUGCCUGCUCCAAGGGCGAGGAGUGCAUUAUUCCGACAUGGGACAUCUACUACGAAAAAUGGGGUUUCAUGCUUAUCUUCUGGAACCUUGCCGGUGUUCCUCUCAGCUACUGCCAUUGCACUGUCUACCUGGCAAGCCAUGAACCCGAAACCUACCGGUGGAACAAGUAUGCUCUUGCCGCCCUGUAUAUUUCGUACGUGUUCGUCUAUUGGGUCUGGGACACAACAAACAGCCAGAAGAACCGCUUCCGCCAACAGCAGCGUGGAGACAUGAUAAUGCGAAAAACCUUCCCGCAGCUUCCAUGGCAGACGAUCAAGAACCCCCGAACUAUUACCAGCAAGAAAGGGGAUACCAUUCUGGUCGAUGGUUGGUACGGCUAUGCGCGCAAAAUUCACUACACUUGCGACCUCUUCUUCGCAUCCACAUGGGGCUUGAUUACCGGGUUUAACAGCCCAUUCCCAUGGUUUUAUCCGGUCUUCUUUGCGAUUAUGAUUACUCACCGUGCAACGAGAGAUAUCCAGCGGUGCAGGGCGAAAUACGGAGACGCCUGGACUCAGUAUGAGAAGGAGGUGCCAUAUCUUUUUAUCCCGUAUGUGAUCUAA